CACGGGAGCAGGACACAAUAUAAGAGCUGUUGGUAUGCAAGAAUAGCUGCAGCUACUAUGACGUCAUUUUUGCACCAUUGCCCAGAAUGGAUUCGAGCAAAUGUUUAUGAAGUUAUGUGGUUUAAGAGUUCUGGUAGAAACCCAACCAGGUAUUGGCCAGACCACUAAAGGACAAUGACCUUCAAUAAUCCUGGCGGAUGUCCACGAGACCAGGGCAGAGCUGGCAGAGGACCAAGAGACCAGGGUGGAGCCAGCGGAUGGCCAGGAGCCCAGGGCGGAAUCAGCAGGACAGACAGGGGAGCGAGGCAUGCGUCUGGAAGUGCUACAGUUCCUGGCUGGGUUCUUUGGAGCUGUGAUGCUGCUGUUUCCAGACUAUGGAGAGUCAAAGAGGACAUCUCACACGUGCAACCAGAUGGUAGUAACCAGGCUGAGAACCCCUAUUUGUUCUAUCAUGAGGGCCUCUUUUGGAGAUGUUCUGACCAGAGGGGUUCAAAUGGAGACCAGGAGAGCAUGUUGGCAUUUUGGAUCACUAAUCAACCACCCAAGAAGGUUUGCAUGCCAGCUUACCUGUCUCAUGCUCCUCUCUCUAGACGUAGCAAUAGUUUUCUACACUCAGAUUUUGCUACAGUACAAAGGGCUUUUUGGUGUGUUAUUUUCGUGCUGGGAGUCAUCUCUGUGAUGAUUGGUGGGUUUGUCACAAUCUGUGCUACCUCAGGGAUGAGCCAUCGCCUUUAUGAGGCUGGAGGGGCUCUCUUUAUAACUGGAGGUGUCUUAAUCUGGUCUGUAGUGCUGUUGUUUGCUGUGUGGGUGCAGGUCUCAGACUCUUUAGAGCGAUACGGCCUUCAGCGAAGACGCUUAGUUUGUCCUAGUCUGCAGCUCAGAGUGCACUAUGGUCCGUCCUUUAUGCUGGCUCCCACUGCUGCCUUUUUCUGCCUGCUUACUGGCCUACUCCUCCUGCUCAUUUCAUCAGUCAGCAGAGCAUCAGUCAGACAAACAGAGAAACAGCCAUUCUCAGUGCAAGAGGAACGUGUGUAAUGCCUUUGUAUAUAAAUGACAAUGACUCUUUCACUCCCAAUAUACAAAGGAAUUGUGCUAUAUUUGGCAUUGCUAAAAUAACUCCUUAGUGUAAGUUGAAACUCAUGAUCCGACCCAGGUGCAAUGAACCUACUGAUCUAUGCACUACAGCUAAGUGGAGAUAUAGUCUAUCCAUCUGCCAUUGCUGUUAAUGUACAGUAGGUCAGCCAGGGAAAAUUAGUGUUUAAAAGAAAAUAAACGAUUGCAUUUAAAGUAAAGGGCAGUUGUCUGAUUGUCUGUUUAGACUUAUAAAAUGUAAAAAUUAGCAAACAGUAGCUACAUUGUUUUGUGCUUGUUGUCUUAAAUAUAAUACAAUACAAAUUGUAAUUCUCUAGCACAGGGGUUCUCAACAGGGGUGGUAAUGCCCCCCCAGGGGGCGUUCAGAUGAUGCCAGAGGGAGCUGAGAGCAAAUUAGGAGAGAGGAGGGCAUUAGGUUACAAAUGGGGAGCGUUUAUCAGUCAUAUUAAUCAAAUCGAUCGUUAACUUCCUCUUUGCAUAAAAACGUUUAUCUAGAAACCAUUUGAAUUCGGCUCAGAAUUCCACAUGACCACCCUUGAAUUUACUAUAGUAACACUAACUGUACUUUAGGCAGAAAUAGACUCAUAAUAAAUAUUAUCAUAUCACUACUUCAACUCAAUUAAAUUUGUAAUAGUCUACAUUAGGGGAAUGAGAGAAUAUAAUUCAUUAUUGUUACAACUUAUAAAUGUUUAUAUUUUGUAUUAAUUGUUUAUAAAUGUGUUUAGGGUAGGCCUACUGUUUAUAAUUACAAAACUGCCAUAGUUUGUUUUUAUAGAAAUCAUGUUACAUCUAACCAUAGUUGUGAAGAUCCAUGCUUCCAUGUGCUUACCAUGGUCUACAAACACCAGUGUUACAACUAUGAAUAAAUAAAUACAUACAUUUAUAUUAUCAUAAGGGCAAAUGCAAAAUAUACAUUUUAAAAGAUGGAAUAGAAAUGCAUCAUUCCUAAAUGCGUCAAUCCUUUAGCUUAAAAAUCAGGCUAAAAUAUAUUUUUUGAGUGUAAGAAAAUAUGACUGGUUUUGUUUGCCUUCAGAAAUUCCAAGAGAUGACUCAUUUGAAUCAAUAAGAACCUGAUGAAAGGAGUUCCAACUCAGUCAUGUUAGAAUAAUUUAGCCACAUAAAUUAGGAUAACUUUUUACUUUUUAUAGAUGUUAUAGAUAACCUUACUGUUGUGAAUACCAGAAAAUUUAUAUCUGCAUCCAACUCAAAAUCAAUGCUGUACUUUAGAAUAAGAAUUUCAGUUGGACAAA